AUGGUGGGAUUUAAGAAUAGAUUCAUGUUGAUGGAAGUUUUUCUGGAUCCAGACAAGGAUCUACUCGGAGGAGAAAAAUCUCCGAUUAUACUUACACCAUUCAAUGUCGCCGAAGCAAUCAAAGACAGUAUCCGCAUCAAUUUCGGCGAGUGCGGUCUCGGAUCUUCUCUCGGAUCAUUCGACGUGAAAUACGUGAACGAAAUCACAAAGCUGUGCAUCGUAAGAUCAUCAAGAGAAGAUCACAGACAAGUUUGGUCGGCGAUGACGUUGGUCAAGAGCAUCGGAAACUAUCCGGUGAUCUUUAACUUGCUCGAUAUCACCGGUUGCGUCAGAACGUGUAAAGAAACAGCAUUGAAGUGCGAGAAAGAGAAGUUUGAACAAUGUAGCAAAAGUUUGUCUGAAGAUGAGAAGCGGAAACAUUCCAAUUAUUUAGAGAGGAUCAAGAAUUUUAAAACUUGA